CAUCCCCAGCACCAGAGUGGGAAUGAUUUUCAGCUCCACGCACCAGAGCGACGUACCUGGUUAAAGGAGUUCUGGACGCAGUCGACUGUGGAUAAAGUGGGGUCUGCGGAUACGGGCAGAGGAGGAGUGAAGUCUCUUUUAACAGGAAGAGAGGAAGGAAAACCUUUAAAAGUGAGUUUUGAAAACAACCGAGAGGAUUUAAGAAGUGGACGCGAGCCGUGAGUGGGAGCGUGGCAGAUGUAGGAUGACAACAGUAAAGGAGGAUUAAACCGGAGGGGAUGUUAAGAAAAGUGAUGAGAAUAACCGCACAGCAAGGAGUGAUUUCAGCGCUGGCAGGAAUGGCUUGAUUCGGGACCUGUACUGUCAGAGGCGCUCAUGUUUCUGUGGGAGAGAAAGAAAGUUUUCUGCGCGUCCCUCGGAUACAAAUCUACUUUUUAACGAGCAGGAGAGAGACAGGGACUGCUGUGACUGUGUUCCCCCCCCAACCCCGGUGGCAGAGUCCGGCCGGUUUGGCGUCGGCUCGUUAACUGUUCGCAAUGUCCAAACCCGCGCUGAAGAAGAACCACUGGACCUCCAGGUUGAACGAGGUCUCCGUGUCCAAAGAUGCCCGCGGUGAGCUCAACGUGCCGCUGCGUGGCGGCGCGGAGAACGGAGAGUUCGCCUACAUUGGACCGCUGAACCACAAUGCGGUGGUGUACAAAAGUGGGAAACUGGGUGAAGGGGAGCUGCUGCUCGAAGUGGAGAAUCUCUCGAUUUCGGGAUUACCCCUGUACGACAUAUACACCGUGCUAAAGAACUGCAAAGGACCCGCCAGGUUUAAAACUGUCAGGCAAGGUAAGACAAAAGGAAGCAAGCUGACCAAGGACCUGAAGCAGUAUCUGAGCCAGCGCUUCCAGAAGUCCUCGCCUGACCACGAACUGCAGCAGACCAUCAGAGACAACCUCUACCGUCACGCUGUGCCUUGUACUACCCGUGCCCCACGUGAAGGAGAAGUUCCUGGCGUGGACUACGACUUCCUCUCAGUAGAGCAAUUCCUGGAAUUGGAGAAAAGUGGGACCCUCUUGGAGAUAGGAACAUAUGAUGGUAACUAUUAUGGGACACCCAAGCCACCAGUGCAGCCCCCCAGUGGGAAAGUGAUUAGCAGUAGUGGUAACAGCGGUGAUGCCCCACUGCCAGACGGGCUCAGGAGUAGCCUGCCGGGCUCACAGCACUCCACUCCCCGACGCUCCAAGUCCUACAAUGACAUGCACAAUGCUGGAUUAGUGCCUGGAGAGCAGCAGCAGGAGGACGACGAGGACCUCCAUGACAUGAACAGCAGCUUUACAGGAGACUCUAGUGAAUUAGACGAGAUUCAUCACUCGGUGCGCCCUUUCGCCCCCCGCCAGAGUGACCUGUCCUACGCUGGGACAACCCCCUCACCACCGGCCAUCACGGAGAGCACACAGCAGACACACACUCACCUGAGCCAUCCUCCCCCAGAGGAUCCGCUGGGACCUCUGCCCGACAACUGGGAGAUGGCCUAUACCGAGAACGGAGAGGUCUAUUUUAUAGACCACAAUACAAGGACGACCUCCUGGAUAGACCCUCGGUGCCUGGACAAACCUCAGAAACCCCUGGAAGAAUCUGAAGAUGAUGAAGGGGUACAUACAGAGGAGCUGGAUAAUGACCUAGAACUUCCUCCAGGAUGGGAGAAAAUAGAUGAUCCAGUGUAUGGAGUCUACUAUGUUGAUCAUAUCAACAGGAAGACCCAGUAUGAAAAUCCGGUGCUAGAGGCUAAGAAGCGCAGGCAGCUGGAACAGCAGCAGCCUCAGCAGCCUCAGCCCCAGAGCCAGCAGCCACCUGAAGGUGAGCGCUACAUCCGAGAAUGGAUCGAAGACUCGACGAUGGCAGGGGCUCCGUUGGCUAGCUAUGCUGCCAACCACCAGGAGACCUACAGGGACCCUCAGACAGGGCCCGCAGUGCCCAACGCGAUGGGACAAAAACGAGGGAAGCCUUUCUUUACCAGGAACCGAUCUGAGCUGAAGGGGACAUUCAUAAAUACCAAACUGAAGAAGAGUCGUAGGGGAUUUGGUUUUACUGUUGUGGGAGGGGAUGAGCCAGAUGAGUUCCUGCAGAUAAAGAGCCUAGUCCUAGAUGGCCCUGCCGCCCUUGAUGGCAAGAUGGAGACUGGUGAUGUGAUUGUGAGUGUUAACGACACCUGUGUGCUCGGCUACACCCAUGCUCAAGUUGUGAAGAUCUUCCAAUCGAUUCCAAUUGGUUCCAUGGUCAACUUGGAGCUGUGCCGUGGUUAUCCGUUGCCUUUUGACCCCGACGACCCAAACACCAGCCUGGUUACCUCAGUGGCUAUCCUCGACAACAAGGAGCCCAUCAUCGUUAACGGCCAGGAGCCCUCCAACAGCUACGACUCGCCGUCCAGCCACGGCAGUCAGAACAACAACAAUGGUCCAACCAACAGCGGGGUCCCCGUCAACGGCCUCCCCCGACCCCACAGCCCCUCCACAGAGGUGGCUUCUGAUACCUCUUCCCAGCAUGGCUACCCUAGUGAUGUAGUCACCCUGGCCUCAUCCAUCGCAACGCAGCCAGAGCUCAUCACCGUACACAUGGAGAAAGGAGACAAGGGCUUCGGAUUCACCAUUGCUGACAGUCCCGGGGGUGGGGGGCAAAGAGUGAAACAGAUCGUGGACUACCCACGCUGCCGCGGUCUCAGGGAGGGCGACAUCAUCGUGGAGGUGAACAAGAGAAAUGUGCAGAGCAUGUCCCACAACCAGGUGGUUGACCUGCUCAGCAAGUGUCCCAAAGGCAGUGAGGUCACCAUGCUGGUGCAAAGAGGAGUGGCACCUGCAAAGAAGAGCCCAAAACUGGAUGAUUCUGAGGUGGAAUCUUCAUACACAGAUAACAGUAGGAGGGAUGAUUUUGAGCUGGAUCCUCCAUACGGAGUUAACACUAGGAGGGAUGAAUUUGAGCCAGAUCCUCGAUAUAGAGAGAACAUUAGGAGGGAUAAUUUUGCAAUGGCUCCUCCAAACAGAGAUUAUAGAAGAAGGGAUGAUUUUGAGGUGGCAUCUUCAUACGCAGAUAGCACUAGGAGGGAUGAUUUUGAGCCGGGUCCUCGAUACAGAGAUAACACUCGGAGGGAUAAUUUUGCGAUGGCUCCUCCAUACAGAGAUAACAGAAUAAGGAAUGAUUUCGAUGUGGAAUCUUCAUACACAGAUAACAGUAGGAGGGAUGAUUUUGAGCCGGAUCCUCGAUAUAGAGAGAACAUUAGGAGGGAUAAUUUUGCGAUGGCUCCUCCAUACAGAGAUAACAGAAUAAGGGAUGAUUUUGAUGCGGAAUCUUCAUACACAGAUAACAGUAGGAGGGAUGAUUUUGAGAUGGAUCCUCGGUACAGAGCUUAUGGAAGCAGGGAUGAUUUUGCGAUGGCUCCUCCAUACAACGAUUACUCUAGAAGGUUGUCAAGAAAGGACAGCCAGAACAGCUCCCAGCAUAGUGUUUCCAGCCACCGGAGCGCGCACACAGACUCGCCUGUGCACUCUUCCCUGGCACCCGCUCUCAGUGAGAGCAACGCGCCCCCACCUCCCUCGCAGCCUUUGCCGGGACUCCCAAUCCAGGACUCCCCAGGAGACGGGACCAUCCAGAGAAAACCGGACCCCUUUAAGAUUUGGGCCCAGUCCAGGAGCAUGUAUGAAAGUAGGCUUCCAGACUUCCAGGAGCAGGACAUUUUCCUGUGGAGAAAGGACACGGGGUUCGGCUUCAGGAUCCUCGGAGGCAACGAGCCAGGAGAGCCUAUCUACAUUGGCCACAUAGUCAAGUACGGGGCUGCAGAUGAAGAUGGACGCCUGCGAUCCGGUGAUGAGCUGAUAUGCGUGGAUGGAACGGCGGUGGUGGGAAAGUCGCACCAACUGGUGGUCCAGCUGAUGCAGCAGGCUGCCAAGCAGGGCCAUGUCAACCUCACAGUGCGGCGCAAAAGCACUUACGCUGUUAAAGCAGAGGGAGACAUGCCUCCAUCGCCGGCGUCUUCGCACCACAGCAGCACCCAGGCGCCCAGUCUCACAGAAGAUAUUGGGAAGCGCACCCCACAGGGCAGCCAGAACUCCCUCAACACAGUGAGCUCCGGCAGCGGCUCCACCUCUGGCAUCGGCAGCGGUGGAGGAGGCGGAGUGGGUGGCGGGGGCGGCGGCAGCGCCGUGGUCGCCGCUGCGGCCGCCACCACCUCCUCUCAGCCGCCCAUCGCCACCCCCGCUGUCGUCUCAUCCGGUUUGCAGCCCUACGACGUAGAGAUCCGCCGCGGCGAGAACGAAGGAUUCGGUUUCGUCAUCGUCUCGUCGGUGUCGAGGCCCGAAGCUGGCACCACCUUCGCUGGAAAUGCUUGUGUGGCCAUGCCCCACAAAAUAGGACGCAUCAUUGAGGGAAGCCCAGCAGACCGCUGCGGGAAGUUGAAAGUCGGCGACCGCAUCCUGGCUGUGAAUGGCUGCUCGAUCACCAACAAGUCCCACUCGGACAUCGUCAACCUCAUCAAGGAGGCUGGAAACACAGUUACACUACGCAUCAUUCCUGGAGAUGAGUCAUCGAACGCAUCUCUGUUGACGAAUGCAGAGAAGAUCGCCACUAUAACCACUACUCACACCGCUCAGCAACAGGCCGCACCGGAGGCCAGGACCAACACUAAACCAAAACAGGAGUCAUUUGCCCCGCAAGCCGCCCCUCCCCAGCCCCCCACGCAGCAACCCCCAAGCACUCAGGAUUCUGAGUUCUACUCCGUGGACCUGGAGCGAGACAACAAAGGCUUCGGCUUCAGCCUGCGAGGAGGCCGCGAGUACAAUAUGGACCUGUACGUGCUGAGGUUAGCCGAGGACGGAGCAGCUGUUCGCAACGGAAAGAUGAUGGUCGGCGACGAAAUCUUGGAGAUCAACGGCGAGAGCACCAAGGGCAUGAAGCACGCGCGAGCCAUCGAGCUCAUCAAGAAUGGAGGCCGGCGAGUCCAUCUGGUGCUCAAGAGGGGUGACGGCUCUGUGCCUGAAUAUGACGACAGCACCAACAACAUCAGCGCAGCCAACCCAGCCUCAGGGGUACAAAACGCUGCGGAAGUGAACACUCUUCCCCCGAACGGUGCACCAUCAGAGUCAAGCGACCCACCAGAACCCCAACAAUCAUCCCGCAGCAAGAAGGAGCCAGGCCGCCGCUCCCACGGCACUGGCAGGCACACACAUUCCAACCACCGCCACCACUCCCCCAGCAAGAAAACCAGCACGGGAAAACACAAGGGCAAAAAGUCGACAGGGAAGAACACUCCCAAGAAGAAAGAUGACAAGAAAAGUGAUGGCCGCCAUCGCCACCGCAGCCGCCAUCGGUCACCUCAUAAGGGGCACACCCGGUCGCGCAGUGCAGAUAACGUCCUGGACGACCGACAUGGGGGUCAGCGCCGAGGCCGUUCUCCAGACAGGCGCCACCGCCGCCACCGUUCACCCCACCGCUCACCCCGUCGCUCACCCUACCGCUCUCCUCGCCGUUCCCCUUAUCGUUCCCCUCAUCGUUCCCCUCAUCGCCAUCGGUCCCCCUACCGCACUCGGCAGCAGUCCCCCACCAGACGCCGGGCCCAAUCCUCAGACCCCUACCGCCGGUAUCGCUCCCCAGAGAGACAGACCCGCAGCACCGAGAAGCCUAUUGCGGAUGAGCCUGUAUUAAAGGAGCCAAUCAAAACUCCUGAAUCCACCUUCCGUCUGGAAGACAGCAUCUUGCGAGAGUCCCCAGCCCUAGACCGCUUAAACAGGGAGGUCACACCGCCACUGCGCAGGGAAGACCGCCUCUAUGGAGAAGAUAGCCUGCUGAUGAAAGCCUCUACCUUGGACAGGUCCUACAGAGGGGGGGAUAACCUGCUGAAGGACAUGGCGUCUCGCAACCAGAGAGACAUCACCCUGCCCAGAUUACGCACUCCAGAUUCAGAUUCAGCUUACAAGAAGUACAGCACGCUGCUGAGGGGUCGUUCGACUGAGAGGUUUGACAGCACACAGCUGAGCGGUCGUUCGACAGAGAGGUUUGACAGCACACAGCUGAGGGGUCGUUCGACUGAGAGGUUUGACAGGGAUGAGCGCUACCCCAGCCGAGACAGCACCCCUGAACCUUGGUACCGCUCCCGCAGUCUCGGACGAGACAUAUCCCCGAUCAGGAGCUUCAGAAGGGACGACUCGGAGGAUGAAGAGGACGAUGACAAUUUUGUGGCGGCUCAAGUGACGCAAUACUACAGCACGGUCAAGAACAAGACCAACACCAGUCGCUCAUCCAAGCCCACGCUCCCUGAGCCCAAGAAGACCUACAAGGAGAAUCCCAAAGACCUGAGCAUCUGAUUGGACAGCUGUCAGCUGAUCACAGCAACCAUCCACAAAACACCUCAAAUACUCACCAUCACUACCACUUUGUUCUACAGAAACACACCCAACUUGUGUAGACAUGCUGACACACACACACACACACACACACACACACACACACACACACUGUAACAACACUGAGUUACUAACAAGGUCGUAGUUUUGAAAGCUGUUUUUUUUUCCUCUUUUUGUUUUUUUUAAACUGUAUAUUUGAU